AGCCGCCUUCACGACAGAAAGGACCCUGUUCUUUUCACGUGCUAGUGCUGGCGUGUCAACAGUGAUACAUUUAAGCAGUAUUACUGAUAUUGUCAUGCCAUUUCUUGUGUAUAACGUAUAUAUCUUAUAAAGAAAUCAGAUUUAAUCAACGAUAAUGAGUUCACAAAUAACUUGUGUUGGGUGGGUGAGAAGAGGAGUCGCAAAGGAAACACCUGAUAAAGUGGAGCUGAGCAAAGAAGAGCUACAGCGUAUAAUAGCUGAAGCUAAAGACUCACUGGCGCAGUGUGAUGACGGCAGUGACGAGGAUGAAGGCAUGGGUAGUGGGGAGAUGAGUGAGGAGACGGAGGCUUUACCCCAUGAGGAAGAAGAGGGUGAAAAUGAAGUUGAAAAAGAGGACAAGGAUGAAUUAGCGGAGUAUGGACUUGACAAAUAUGACGAGGAAGAUACUGUAACAUCCAACCUUGGUGAUAGUCUAGCUGGUCUCACUGUAUAUGGAACCAAUGAGGAGGACCCUUACAUCACCAUCAAAGACACAGAUCAGUACGACCGGGAGGACUUUCAGAUCAAACCUAGUGACAAUCUCAUCGUGACAGGCAAGGCUGAAAAGGACUGCUGUAACCUGGAGAUUCACAUUUACAAUGCAGAGGAGAAUUCCAUGUAUGUUCAUCAUGACAUCCUUUUGCCUGCCUACCCUUUGUGUGUGGAGUGGCUCAACUUUGACCCCAACCCUGAAGAAACUCUAGCAAACUAUGCAGCAGUGGGUAACAUGACUCCAGUGAUUGAUGUGUGGGAUCUGGAUGUGGUGGAUUGCUUAGAGCCAGCCUUCUCUCUUGGGGGUAAAAAGGCCACGAAGAAGAAAAAGAAAGGCAAAAAGGCUGCUGCUGCAGAACCAGUUGAAGGCCACACCGAUGCCGUUCUAGAUAUUUCCUGGAACAAACUUGUUCGGAAUGUUCUGGCAAGUGGAUCAGCCGAUGAGACAGUAAUCUUGUGGGAUCUGACACAGGGAAAGCCAGCCACAACGCUAAGAAAACACACAGAUAAGGUUCAGACUCUGAAAUUCCACCCUUUUGAGGCUCAGACCCUUAUAUCUGGAUCCUAUGACAGGUCUGCUGUUUUGUACGACUGUCGAAGCCCAGACAACAGCCAUCGCGUCUGGAGGUUUAGUGGGCAGGUUGAGAGAGUUGUAUGGAAUCAUUUUUCUCCGUUCAACUUCCUGGCAAGCACAGAAGAUGGGUUUAUCUACUGUCUAGAUGCACGCUCCGAUAAGCCAGUGUUUACACUCAGAGCUCAUGAUGGAGAGGUCUCAGGUAUGGACCUGAGCAGUCAAAUAAAAGGAUGCUUGGUCACAUCUUCAGCUGACAAACAUGUGAAGAUCUGGGACAUUCUUGGGGACAAACCCAGUCUUGUUCAUUCUCGGGACAUGAAAAUGGGAGUACUGUUUUGUGCAGCCUGUAGUCCUGACCUCCCCUUUGUUUAUGCAUUUGGUGGACAAAAAGAUGGGCUUCGUGUGUGGGACAUAAGUGAUGUCGCAGCAGUCACUGAAGUGUUUGGGAACCGGGAGAGGUUAGUAGCAAACACCUCAUCUGAGGCUUCCAGCAGCAGCGCAGCAGAGAUGGACGUCCUUUAAAUCCUCAAGAUGCACAUUCGAACCAUCGCUACACAAGUAAAUCCACUCAAGAGCAAGAGACUUGUCCAUUGGACAACAAACAAAGGACCAUUAGCUGAACUAUGUGGACCUGUCAUAAUAUUAAUCACACUGUUAAGUGUUGACGAAGGGACAUGAAACAGAAGACUUUCAGAAAAGACUUAUAAAGAAGAUUUUGUCUGGACAAAUAUAUCAGUGGAAAAAAAGCAGUCCUUACAUGGACACCCUUUGAUGACUCUCAGUGUCUUAGCCUGGCCUGCAUAUUUCAGGUUUGCAGUGGAUAUAACCACUGAUUGCAUUACCUAAACUGUAAUAGGUUAAUAAAACCUCUUUUGUGUUUGUACAUUUUAUUGCCAGCAUAUCAGAGGAGCUAGUGCAUAUUUCAUUGUCAAAUAAUACAUUUGGAAAAUAAAUCAAUGUCUGAUUUUAA